GCGAUUGCAGCCCUACUCUACAUCCAGCAUGGCUGCGCUGUAUGAGGGGUACACGUUGUGCCGAGUUGUACCUGGGCAGAAUCGGGGCGAACCUGCGGUUCUUGGGGUCGCAGAGGGGAGGGAGACGGACCAGGUCGUUGUGACGGACCCGGGGAGGACUGUCACAGUCUAUAAGGUCUCGGAUCAGAAGCCCGUGGGCAGCUGGACUGUGAGACAAGGGCAGGCGCUGACGUGCCCGGCCGUGUGUAACAGACAGACUGGGGAAUACGUGGUGGUCAGUGAUCACAAGGUGAUACGCGUCUGGAAAGAUGACGAUCUGAAUUUUGACAGAGUCUUUAAAGCGACAGUGUCCGCGGAGGUGGAGCGGGUCCACCCCGUGCCGGGCUCGGAGCCGCUGGUGCUGUUCCGGAGGGGGGCGGUCCGGCAUCUGGACGCCCUGCUGGCCGCGCCUCAGCAGGCCGUGGAGGACGUCCUGUCGGAGGGGGAGGCCAUCAGAUGGAGCACCAGCGCUGUGGAUGGGACCCAGUGUGUCCUGAUGUUCAUCACUGAGAAGGGUGGGGAUCACCUCUUGUACCUGCAGAGAUCCAGGCCCAAUGUCCUGCACAAGUACAAGAUAGAGUGCGCCGAGAGUGGGGCCUGUCCCGUGAGCUUCACCGCCACCCUGCAGGGCGGAAACCUCCACUUCGUGUGCUUGUAUUCUGACGGCUGCGUAUUCCGGUCCCUGGUGUCGGUGCCCGCUGCCGCCGCAGAGGGGGUGUCGGCCCUCCCAAGGACGCUGCUGCUCAGGCUGCCCGUGUCUGGGGGGGCUCUGGUCUCGGCCGCCCUGCUCUUCCUGGACGACGCCCACCUGGCCGUGGUGGGGGCCCCCCAUCCUGGGCUCGGCUCCAGCCAGGGGAAAGAUUUCCUCUGUGUCUGGAAUAUAAAUUUUCAGACGUUGCAGACUGCAAAGGAGCUGACAGGAGGGGCCUAUGGACAGCUGUGGUGUUACUCCGGGAGGCUGUACGUGGUGCACGGGGCGUCGCUCAGCGUCCUGCCCUACGCCUGCGAGUGCUCCUCCCUGGCCGCGGCGCUGGGGAAGCUGAAGCAGUCCAGCCCCGGAGAUGCUCGGAGACCCGCUCCCAUCCUGUCCUGGAACGCCCUGCUCCACGGAGAAGCGUCGGAGCCUCACAGGCCAGGGAAAGGGCUGGAGACCAGGAAGAGUAAGCAGGCACGCAAGAGUCACGCGGCUGUAGCCGUUACCGCCGAUCAAGUUUUGGAACGUGUAAAGAAUGCAUCGGAAGCGGGAGUGGAGGAGGAGGUCCAGCUGUUCCUGUCCAGCGCCUCUGUGCUGGAGCAGCAGCUCUCCGCGGGCCAGAUAGCAGCACAGCUGGUGUCUCGCUGCCAGACCGAGCCCUCGUUCUACCCUCAGCGCACGCUGGUGCAGCUGGUGCAGACGCAGUGCCUCUGCCACAGUGUGUGUCCUGACCUCCUCCUGCUGGCGCUGGACAAGCAGGACUACUUCCUCUCUCAGCUGUGCCUGCAGCACUUCCCAGACAUCCCAGAGGCCAUCACCUGCGCCUGCCUGAAGGCCUUCCUCAGCGUCCUGGAUACCGACCUGGAGCCGGUGAGCGUUGAUCUGGGCAGCGUGUCCUUCCUGGACGCCCCGGGGCUGAGGAGCAGGAGGCUGCAGAACGGCUUCAGCCCCGCGGAGCUGGAGGAGGGGGGCUGCGAUGUCCUGACGGAACCCCCCGGAGAGGCGACGGGCCCUGCGGUGAACUCCCUGGACCUGCCCUGCCCAGUGGGCCUGAAGAAGGCGGCCCUCCUGAAUGAGAUCCUCCAGACGGCGCAUAGUGAAAACUUCCUUCUUCCGCACCUCAAAGAUCUCGCGGCUCACCAGGUGCUCCUGUUUCUCCGGUACCUUCAGUUCCUGUAUUUGAAAUGCUCUCGGGACUUGGACUCGCAGCUGCCUGGUGUGAGAGCUCCCACAGUUUCUCAGAUCAUGGAUUGGGUCUGUUUGUUGUUGGACUCCCAUUUCACCGUGUUAGUUAUGGUCCCAGAAGCGAAGGGAUUGUUGAAUAGCCUGCACAAGUUUGUGCAGUCCCAGGUACAGUUUUUCUCUGAACUGGGAAAAAUCCACAGCAGCCUACAAGAGAUCAACAAAAUUAAACAGUCAGAAGAGACCGCUUUGUACUCGAUUGAAGUGAUCAAGCUGUUUUAAGAAGAAAACUCACACCAAAUCAUGUACAGACUUUUUAAUAAAUUAGUUUCAUUUUUUUUCCUUUAUCCCAGACUGUUUUCUUUUUGCGAGCUUUUUUUUUGCCCCGGUUUACCUUCGAGCAGAACAUUGGAACUCGGUGUUCGGGAGAAUCCUCAGCACAGAAGAACAGUAAUCGACCUAUAAUAUACUUGGCAUUUAUUUAAGAAUCCUGCAGUGUGAUGUUUUCUUGUGCUGAUCUGUAACAGUCGUGCAGGAGAAGCAGAAAGUAAUGUGAUUCAUCCUGUAAUAGUCCUUGACUGAUGUGUUCAUGAAAGACAGGUUACAUGUCAUUAGUUUGCACAUAGGGUAAUGAUCUAAGAAUGCUAUCUGCCCCUUUCAUAAAGGAUAUGAUGGCCUUAGGAAAACGUUGUUAACUUUUAGUAUUAGUUUUUUUUUUUAACGAAACAUUUAAAUGUUUUAUUGACGUCAGGCUGGCUCCGUUUUAAUGACAUGUCAAAGUCGACCUAACAAAAUAUGGAAAACAGCGAACUGCUUUUCUUGUUGUUAAAUGCUCCAUUUUGUAAAUUGUUUAUAUAUAAAAAUGUUUUAUUCUG